AUGGCGCGCGCGAGCUCGGGGGCGAGCGUGACCCCGAACGUGACCUCGCAGGUGCGAGAUAGAUUUGGAACGAACCCGGGCGGGCGGGCGGGGCACGCGGGGUGCGCGACGGCGGACGGGAGGGCGAUCGUGGUGGGCGGGCGUUCGACGACGGGCGACCGGAUGUACCUCGCCGACGUCUGGGAGUUGGAUUUACGUCGAGUGAACUCGAGCACGACGGAGCGACGGAUGGUGUGGACGAUGUUACACGAUGGGGUGUCUCCGGGGAUGGUGCCGAGCGGACGGAGCGGGAGCGCGGCGGUGGUCGUGAGGGGCGACGUGUACGUCUUCGGCGGGUACUCGAGCGCUCUCAGAGGAGACUUGGACGACCUGUGGGUGUUCAAUCGAACGUCAGGGAGUUGGAGCGAGUUAUCGCCGGUGGACGGUUACAAACCACCGGGGCGGAGUGGGGCGAGCGUGAGCGCGCCCGAAGGCGAGGCGGGCGGAGCGCUCGUGGUAUACGGCGGCAACGGGCGAAACGACGUGUGGGAGUACGACGUCGACGCGAAUAGAUGGACGAUGAUCAAGGAGAACACGGCUUCGUCGAUGAGCGGGGUCGGGAGCGCGCGGAUGGGAGCGACGGUCAUCUUGGCGAUUUUCGUGGCCUCGUUAGCGUAG